AAUAAACACUACAUUAUAAAUAUAGAUUAUUUAUUUAUUCACCAUAACAUCGCUAACAUUGUGACAAACAUCAGUAUUUAUCACAUAAGCCAUAAACUGGUCCAUAACACUGUCGUAACCUAAUAAAUAUAUCAUAUUACCAAUUAAAUGAUGACCCUAAAUUAAUUUUAUUACGUCAUGUUAAAGAAAAUACACCUUUAUGUUCUGUCUUUACAUGAAUAACACGUUAGAGCUAAAAAGCUUUGUGUUCGUUAAUUAAACGGAUGUGUUAAAUUCUCCAUUCUGAUUGGUCGAGAGUUUUUGUUCGAUCGUUCGCUCCAUUUAAGUUGGCGUUUCUAUAGUAACGGCUAAAUCAACGGGACUAAACAUAAAACACGUGGAGUCGUUGAUAGUGAAGUCAUCGCUCUGCUCUCCUGUUACCAGCAGCAUGAAGAUGGAACACGAGGGAUGAGGACGAGUGCAGCGGCGAGCGAGCGAGAGAGCGCUCUCUGCGGCUGAGGCUUGGCGAGAAAAACAAAAGGCCUUUGAUGGGUCUCACACUGGAAAGCGGCGCCGGCCCUCACACACGCCGCUAAGCGAAUGUUGAUGAGGUGUGUGUGCAUGUAUGUGUGUGAGUGUGUGAGUGAGUGACCAUGGCACCGGGUGACACCGUGGCAGAGAAUGUAAAGCAGCACAAGCUCAGGACAAAGUGUGUGUCGCGGUCUCCUGAGGCAGAGUGCGCCACAGACGGCUCGUUCGUUUUCGAGGCUAACGAAGCCUGGAAGGACUUUCACAACUCGCUGAGACAGUUCUACGAGAACGGAGAGCUCUGUGACGUCACGCUGAAGGUUGGCACUAAGCUGAUCCCCUGCCACAAGCUGGUGCUGGCCUGCGUGGUGCCGUAUUUCCGUGCCAUGUUUUUGUCGGACAUGGCCGAGGCCAAGCAGGAGCUGAUCGAGAUCCGCGACUUUGACGGCGACGCUAUCCAGGAUCUGGUGCGCUUUGCCUACUCGUCACGUCUGACUCUGACCGUAGAGAACGUCCAGCCGCUGCUCUACGCCGCCUGUAUCCUGCAGGUGGAGCUGGUGGCACGGGCCUGCUGCGAAUACAUGAAGGCCCACUUCCAUCCAUCCAACUGCCUCGCCGUGCGCACCUUCGCCGAGAGCCACCAUCGCGUGGACCUGAUGGACAUGGCCGACCGCUACGCCUGCGAGAACUUCGGCCAAGUGCUGGAGAGUGACGAUUUCACACGUGUCUCACCGCAGCACCUUAAGACGCUGCUCAGCUCCAGCGACCUCAACAUCCAGUCCGAGACACAGGUGUACGAAGCGGCUGUCAAGUGGCUCAAAGCCAAUCCACAGCACCAUGAGCUCUGGCUUCACCAGAUCAUGUCUCAGGUACCAUCUUUAAUACAACCAAGGCUGAGUAAAAAGGGAAAAACGCUGGAUUCCUCAAUACCGGCUGGUCAGAAGGUACGUCUUCCUCUGCUCCCCGUGGACUUCCUCACAGGCACCGUGGCCAAAGAGGAGAUGAUCAAGUCUGACCUGAGCUGCCGAGACCUGCUGGACGAGGCCAGGAACUACCACCUGCACCUGAGCAACAAGAACGUGCCUAACUUUGAGUACUCCAUCCGCACCACACCACGCAAACACACAGCAGGCGUGCUGUUCUGCGUGGGGGGACGUGGAGGUUCCGGGGAUCCAUUUCGGAGCAUCGAGUGCUACUCCAUCAGCAAGAACAGCUGGUUCUUCGGCCCCGAGAUGAACAGCAGGCGCAGACACGUGGGAGUCAUCUCUGUAGAAGGAAAGGUGUACGCAGUGGGCGGCCAUGAUGGCAGCGAGCAUCUGGGGAACAUGGAGAUGUUUGACCCACUGACCAAUAAGUGGAUGAUGAAGGCCUCCAUGAACACAAAAAGGAGGGGCAUUGCGCUGGCUACACUUGGAGGUCCGAUCUACGCUAUAGGAGGUCUGGAUGAUAACUCGUGCUUUAGCGAUGUGGAGCGUUACGAUAUCGAGGUGGACCGCUGGAGCGCGGUGUCUCCCAUGAACACCCCUCGAGGAGGAGUGGGCUCUGUCGCUUUAGGGAGCUACGUCUAUGCCGUAGGAGGGAACGACGGCGUGGCCUCGCUGUCAAGCGUCGAACGCUUCGACCCGCACCUCAACAAAUGGAGCGACGUGCGCGAAAUGGGGCAGAGACGCGCAGGAAACGGCGUGAGCGAACUGAACGGCUGUCUUUACGUCGUAGGUGGGUUUGAUGAUAACUCUCCACUGAGUUCAGUGGAGCGCUUCGAUCCCAGGACGAAUUGCUGGGAGUACGUCGCAGAGCUCACCACACCAAGGGGCGGAGUCGGUGUUGCCACGGUGAUGGGGCGGGUCUUCGCCGUGGGCGGUCACAACGGAAACAUCUACCUGAACACGGUGGAGGCGUUUGAGCCACGCAUGAACAGGUGGGAGUUGGUGGGCUCUGUGUCUCACUGCAGGGCCGGAGCGGGCGUAGCAGUCUGCGCCACACACAUAAGUCAGAUUCGAGACGUGGGUCAGGGUUCAAGCAACGUGGUCGACUGCAUGUAGUGUAACUGUUGGAAUACUGACACACACACACACACACACACACACACAGACACACAUAGACACACACAAUCCAUAUACAGCACUACAACAUUUUUAGAAUCUAUACACAUAUUACAAACUAAAUACUCCACACACACACACACGCACACACACAAAUGUUGUAUCAACACUUAUACUCACCGUACACAGUUAAAACACACACUCCAUCGCAGCAGUUCCUCCACAUUUCCUCCAGACUUUUAUUGUAUCUCUGUCUGAACUCUUCCUCGUGUCAGUUCUCUCACGUCUGGUUUAAAGACCAGGACGCUUUGAUAUUACUCGCACUACACAGUCUAGAUUUACAUCUUAUUUCAUAGAGGAAUCACAGAUUUGUGAGAACUGUGCCGUCAUUUCACGCCGCCUCCGGUUAUUAUAAGACGAUCUACUCAGCGGUGAUCUUUGUGGAAAACGCUACUUCACUUUAACUACACGUUAAACAAAGGCAAAGCCAAGUAGACACGCAGGAGCUCGUUACCUGACGACGCCGACGGCCGGACGGCCGACUCGCUCGCUCGCUUCCGCAGAGGACCUACAGAGGGAGCUGUUUUACUGUACUGUGUUUUUGUUUUUUGUUUUUUUGUUUUUUUGUACAUGGAAUUUGGCUCCAUAUCCAUGCAUCACCGUUACCGUGCACUAUGUUUAUAGACUCGAAACAUUUCGAUUCUCGUCUGAAAAACCAACUGACACGAAAUACGUUUCAAACAAAAAAUAAGUGUCGUUUCUGCUUUUCACGCGCAAAUCGUGUUUGUAGGUUUUUGUUUUUUUUUUGUUUUUAUCGCUCUAUCUAUAAAGUUUUAAUUCUGUGGUUUUCGGAACGGAUUUCUAUCUAUUUAUACGUACGCCGAUUAUUAUCUUUCUUUUCAGCUCAUGUAUCGAAUCACGCCGUCACUUCGAAGAGAUUUCCCUGUAACUUUAUCUGUAUAUUUCUAUUUAUUGUUAAGUAUUUAAAGCACAGAGAAUCACACGAGGUCGUUUACAAGCUGACACGAAGCGUUACGAACGCUCCACUUGUGCAAUUCUGGUUUUCAGCAGCAGGGUUUUAUUUUGUAUGUGAAUUAAAGAAAUCAUGACUGAUGUAUAAAUAGUGUCUAAAACUUCCCAGUCCGGUUCCCGAGGAAAAACGGAGUUUGAUGAAUUUUUAUGCAGUUUUUCCCCCUCAAAUUUAGAAUGAUUAUAAAUUCAGGGAUUAGGAUAGAAAACACUGGCACUGGGAACCAUGACUGACUUAUUCAGUGUGUGAAAACGUCUCUAUCAAACAAGCACCUGUUUUAAAACGAGAGCUACUCUACUGUAUUUAUGUCAGUUUGUAUUAUUCAAAUAAAACUAUAAGAAUUGAACGAAAUAAAA